AUGCUUUCACUCGAGCUGAAGCUUGGAAGGAUUCUACUUUACUCGCUCACGUUGGCCGUCAUUGUGUCAGGAGCUCCAGCUGACACCCAUGCCACCACUGAUGCUACAGUAUCGUCUUCUGCUGAACCUUCUACUCCAACGGAUCCAUUCGCGAGCGAUGAUGCCAAUCCAAUCCUCUGGUCUCCUGAUAGCCACACCAUUCCAGAGGCUGUCCGUGGACCAUACGGUGGAUCUGUUCUUCGUCCCCAGAAUGUUGCAAUCGACAAGGAGAACGCAGACAUGCUAGCCCCGCCCACAACGGACCAUGGUGACAUGCCCAAUGCAAAAUGGCCCAUUGGUCUAAGCCAUAAUCGCCUCCAAACAGGGGGGUGGGCCCGCCAACAGAAUAUUCAAUCCAUGCCUAUUGCGACCCAAAUCGCUGGCGUUAACAUGCGUUUGGAUGCCGGUGCGGUUCGCGAACUUCACUGGCACGGAACUGCAGAGUGGGGCUACAUCAUGAAGGGUUCCGUUCAGAUCACUUCGAUUAAUCAGAAUGGCCAGAACUUUUUGUCAACAAUCGGCCCGGGUGAUGUGUGGUAUUUUCCCGCAGGCAUGCCUCACAGUAUCCAGGCUACAAACGAGUCUGUCGAUGGUGCCGAAUUCAUCCUGGUGUUUGACGAUGGAAGCUUUAGCGAAGACUCUACAUUCUUGUUGACAGACUGGCUUUCGCAUGUUCCCAAAGAAGUUCUUGCAAAGAAUUUCCAAGUCCCGAUGUCUGCAUUUGAUCGAAUCCCAUCCGAGGAGUUAUAUAUUUACCCUGCUGCUUCCUCUCCUGAUGAAAAACAACUACCGGUGAGCGCUGGGGGGACGAUUCCAGACUCCUACACGUAUCCUUUCUCGAAGACAUCGUUUACUCCAUUGAGUGGUGGAUCUUUCAAAAUUCUCGAUUCUUCGACAUUCCCUGCCUCCAAAACUAUCGCCGCCGCAGAAGUCAUUGUCGAACCCGGAGCUAUGAGGGAAUUACACUGGCAUCCAACCCAAGAUGAAUGGAGCUUUUUCCUCGAAGGCACUGGUCGCAUGACUAUCUAUGCGGCUCAAAGCAACGCAAGAACUUUCGACUUCAAAGCUGGCGACAUCGGCUAUGUACCCGCGUCUAAUGGGCAUUACAUCGAAAAUACUGGGAAUACUACGCUUAGGUUUUUGGAAGUGUUCAGAUCUGACCGUUACCAAGAUAUUGGUCUGCAACAGUGGCUGGCGUUAAUCCCGGCUCAGCUCGUUCAGGAGCACUUGGGCCUAUCUGCCGAAACAUUAGCUCAUUUGAACAAAACAAAACAAACAGUUGUGGGGCCGGUGUAAUCGGUUUGUACUAUCUCACUUCCCAAACAUUAUCAACAUAGAUAAAUGUAGAUACGCAUACCUAGUACAGACACGAAGCACUUUUCAAUAGUAUCCACCGCAUAGCCUCCCCAGCAUCUCAGUUGUAUGUGUUCUUCAGACCUUCGUACCGUGUCUUAGUUCGAGCUCUAGGUUUCUUUAUUGCUGUACAGUUUUAGUCAUCGUACUGAGAAAUCGUGGUAAGUUUAAAAAACAAGCUAAUGGCGACAGUCCAGGUCUGAAGCCAGAAGUAUGACUAGGGUUUCAAUUUUAAUCGACAACUACAAAAUAAAUAUACUUGCUCCUGAAGCAUCA